CGUGACACGCGAGUCGUUACGGGGGCAGCUAUGUGAAUUCCGAUGACGCUUCCCGUUGCCCACCGAUAUUUCUCGGAAACGGACGGCCAACCGAUAAACCGUUACGUUUCGAAAUCAAGAUAUCCAACGUUCCAUUGGCCCUCUCCCUGGCGGUGGGGGGUGAAUCGUUAAAAUGGCUACCUUUGUCCGUGCUUGUGUCGAGCAGUCGAGCCUUCUUAUUAUUAUUGUUGAUUCAUGACAUAAUACCUAACCACUGAUAGUCUUAUACCGUUGUACUAUGUUAUUACGAUAUUCGUAUUUUGAAUCCCUAUCGCGAUUCGAAAUCGUGUAAACGUACGCAACAGUAUCUCAACCAGUCAAAAUCAACAAUAUCCGCGUGCAGUAUAGAAUUUUUUUCAUCGCUUUUAUUACCGAGUGACUUUUAUUACCUAACAAACACCAUCAAUUUAGCUUCCCAAUUCCCGUUCGAUAAACCACCAAAAUAUGAGUUCCAUUUCAAAUGUCGAAAACCUAUCGCCGCAAACCAUCCGCAGGAUAGUUCGGGAACAAGAAGAAUUAAUUAAAGACCCACCAGAGGGUAUACGAAUUGUCAUAAACGAAUCCGAUGUCACCAAUAUACAAGCGUUUAUUGAUGGUCCUGCUGGAACGCCAUACGCUAGUGGUCGUUUCAACGUGAAAUUAGUAUUAGGCAAAGAUUUUCCACAUACACCACCUAAAGCAUAUUUCCUUACCAAAAUUUUCCAUCCAAAUGUUGCUAGCAGUGGUGAAAUAUGUGUUAACACUUUGAAAAAAGAUUGGAAACCAGAUUUAGGAAUAAAACAUAUUCUUCUUACAAUAAAAUGUUUAUUAAUUGUACCAAAUGCUGAAUCCGCUCUAAAUGAAGAAGCCGGCAAACUUUUAUUAGAAGAAUAUGACCAAUAUUUCCAAAGAGCACAAAUGAUUACUGAAAUUCAUGCACAGGUACCAAAGAGUAUGAAAAUAGGGAGAGAAGAUAAUUCAAGUGAUGGUCCAUUAGCAAAAAAACAUGCUGGUAGCAAAUCAUUAGACAAAAAGAAGAUUUCCAAAGAUAAAAAGAAAACGUUAAAAAGACUUUAGAGUGUACAUUAUUGUAUUUAUAUGUGUAUUAUAUUAUAGUUUAUAUCCGGCGAAA